AUGGCGGCCCUGCACAAAGCCCUCUGUCUUCUCCCCAUCUUUUUCAUCCUUGGCCUCGGGCAACCUUUCUUCUUUGGUGGCAGAGGUUAUCCGAGAAACCCACCAAAUUUUAACUAUGGCCGAGGUUUUCGCAGAGAUCCACCGGGUUUUAAUUUUGGAAGGGGAGGUUUUGGGAGAGAUCCACCGAAUUUCGAUUUUGGAGGAGAUGAAAAAAACAAUGAUGAUGUUAUGAAAGCAAUGAAUCCUGACUUCGUGACAAUGUACAAGGGUGGAUGGGAGCUAGCUUCCAUAAACUCUGGUGUGUCGGCCAUGCAUUUGAUCUUGCUUCCCAACAACAAGGCUAUCAUGUUCGACGCAACCAACCUCGGCCCUUCUCUGAUCCAGCUGCCCCAUGGAAACUGCCGUCCUGUUCCCGGCAAGAACGGUGAAGUGGACUGUUGGGCUCAUUCUGUAGAGUACAAUAUAGCCACCGGAAAUGUUCGGACUCUCAAGGUUCUAACUGAUCCAUGGUGCUCAUCGGGCUCACUCUCGGUUGAUGGCAAUCUGGUGCAAACGGGUGGGUGGUUCGACGGAGGAAGAGCAGUGAGAUACCUCUCUGCAUGUGAUACCUGCGAUUGGAAGGAGUACCCAACUGCACUUUCUGGCCAGAGAUGGUAUGCCACCCAACAGAUCCUACCCGAUGGAAGCUUCAUCGUAGUCGGUGGUCGUCGCAUGUUCAACUAUGAAUUUGUGCCCGAGGAGGGUAAAUCCAAUCCGACCAACUACGAUUUGCCCCUCCUCCGUGAGACGACCGACGAGGGGGAGAACAAUCUCUACCCAUUUGUACACCUCUCCACAGACGGCAGUCUCUUCAUCCUUGCGAACAAUCGCUCCAUUCUCUUGAACCCUGUUACCGGUAAGGUGGUUCGCGAGUUUCCAGUGCUGCCCGGCGGUUCCCGAAACUAUCCUGCAUCGGGAAUGUCCGCCCUUCUCCCCAUAAAGCUCUACGGCGAGAACGCCGCUGUGAUCCCUGCCGAGGUCCUAGUGUGCGGAGGUGCAAGGUCGGAGGCAUAUAAAAUGGCCGAGAAAUUUAUCUUCUUGCCUGCGUUGCAGAGUUGCGGUAGAAUUCAUAUAACGAAACCCGAUUCUGUGUGGAAAAUGGAGCACAUGCCGUCACCGAGGGUGAUGGGUGACAUGCUCAAUCUGCCAACGGGAGACAUUCUCAUGAUCAACGGUGCCAAGAGGGGAACAUCUGGGUGGGAAUUCGCCGACGAACCGAAUUUCACACCAGUGCUGUACAAACCCAAAAAUAAAAGAGGCGACCGGUUUACGGAGUUGGCACCAACAGCAAUCCCACGCAUGUAUCAUUCAUCAUCUGCUGUAUUGCCAGACGGGAAAAUUCUAGUUGCAGGCAGCAACACCCACAAUGCGUAUAACUUCACCGUGAAGUUUCCGACGGAGGUGAGGGUUGAGAAGUUCUGGCCACCAUACUUGGACCCUUUGCUUAAGAUCCACAAGCCAACCAUCGUUCAGGAGAGUACACCUCAAGCGAUCAAAUAUGGAGAAGAGUUCACGACCAUGAUCAAUCUGCUAGCAGUUAAAUUAGAUAAGACAGACUUGAAGGUGACAAUGUACGCACCCCCAUUUACAACGCAUGGUUACUCGAUGAAUCAACGGCUGUUGGUGUUGGCUAUAAGAGAGGUGGUCAUGGCGGAGAUAAAAACAUUCAGGAUUAAAGCUCUGGCACCGCCGACGAGUGCAGUCGCACCGCCGGGCUAUUAUCUUCUUUUUGUUGUCCAUCGCGGGGUUCCAAGUCAUGGGGUUUGGGUUCGUAUAAAUAAAUAA